CCAGCAGCCUCACUGCGCGGAGGAGAAGCUUUUCUUCUUCCAGCAGACCUCCCUGCACACACCGGAUACUCCAGCCAAAUAAGCCCGCACCGCGACGGCCGAGAGCGGCGAGAGAAGGCCUCCUUCCUACGUCGUGCUUCCGUCCCCAAACCCGCCUCUGACACUCGGUUGUGAUCGCGUCCGGUUCGUUUGACGGUUUUUUUUUGUUUUGCGGAACAGACUUGCGUGGCGCUCUCGGAGUCCUCCUGUCGCCGACAUGGUAGACUAUCACGCCGCCAACAACCAGUACUCGUCCGGCGGGGCGCAGACCUACAUGGAGCAAGAGAACGACUGGGAUCGGGACCUGCUGCUGGAUCCGGCCUGGGAGAAACAGCAGAGGAAGACCUUCACGGCGUGGUGCAACUCCCACUUGAGGAAGGCCGGCACGCAGAUUGAAAACAUCGAGGAGGACUUCAGGGACGGACUCAAACUUAUGCUGCUUCUGGAGGUCAUCUCAGGUGAACGGUUACCCAAGCCGGAGCGAGGCAAGAUGAGGGUCCACAAGAUCAACAACGUCAACAAAGCUCUGGACUUCAUCGCCAGCAAGGGAGUCAAACUGGUCUCUAUUGGUGCAGAGGAAAUUGUGGAUGGAAAUGCCAAGAUGACCCUGGGAAUGAUCUGGACCAUCAUCCUCCGCUUUGCCAUCCAGGACAUCUCUGUUGAAGAGACGUCUGCUAAGGAGGGUCUUCUGUUGUGGUGCCAGAGGAAGACCGCUCCCUACAAGAAUGUAAAUGUGCAGAACUUCCACAUUAGCUGGAAGGACGGUCUCGCCUUCAACGCCCUGAUCCACAGACACAGACCGGAACUCAUCGACUACGACAAGCUCAGAAAGGACGAUCCUGUGACCAAUCUGAACAAUGCCUUCGAGGUGGCUGAGAAGUACCUGGACAUCCCCAAAAUGUUGGACGCAGAAGACAUCGUGGGCACGCUGAGGCCCGACGAGAAGGCCAUUAUGACCUAUGUCUCCUGCUUCUAUCACGCCUUCUCUGGCGCUCAGAAGGCCGAGACCGCCGCCAAUCGUAUCUGCAAAGUGCUGGCCGUCAAUCAGGAGAACGAGCACCUGAUGCAGGACUACGAGACACUGGCCAGCGCGCUUCUGGAGUGGAUCCGUCGCACCAUCCCCUGGCUGGAGAACAGAAACCCAGAGAAGACCAUGUCUGAGAUGCAGCAGAAGCUGGAGGACUUCAGAGACUACCGCCGUGUCCACAAGCCACCCAAGGUCCAGGAGAAAUGUCAGCUGGAGAUCAACUUCAACACGCUGCAGACGAAACUGAGACUUGGCGGCAGACCCGCCUUCAUGCCGUCAGAGGGACACAUGGUGGCUGACAUCAACAGAGCGUGGCACACCCUAGAGGGGGCGGAGAAAGGCUACGAGGAGUGGCUCCUCAACGAGAUCAGACGCUUGGAGAGACUGGAUCAUUUGGCAGAGAAGUUCCGGCAGAAGGCCUCCAUCCACGAAUCUUGGACCGAUGGAAAGGAGGCCAUGCUGACUCAAAAGGACUACGAGACCGCCACGCUGUCGGAGGUCAAGGCGUUGCUGCGGAAACACCAGGCCUUUGAGAGCGACCUGGCAGCACAUCAGGACAGGAUGGAACAGAUUGCCGCCAUCGCGCAGGAGCUCAAUGAGCUGGACUACUACGACUCUCCCAGCGUCAACGCUCGCUGUCAGAAAAUCUGCGAUCAGUGGGACUGUCUGGGAGCGCUCACCCAAAGCCGCAGGGAGUCACUGCAGAAAACUGAGAAGGUGCUGGAGUCCAUAGAUGAGCUCUACCUUGAGUACGCCAAGAGGGCGGCGCCCUUCAACAACUGGAUGGAGAGCGCCAUGGAGGACCUGCAGGACAUGUUCAUCGUCCACAACAUCGAGGAGAUCCAGAGUCUGAUCCACGCUCACGAACAGUUCAAGUCCACCCUGCCGGACGCCAACAGGGAGCGCGAGGCCAUCCAGGCCUUCCACGCCGAAGUGCAGAAGAUCGCCCAGCACAACGGCAUCAAGCUGAGCGGGAUCAACCCGUACACCACCAUCACGCCGCAGAGCAUUGACAGCAAGUGGGAGCAGGCACAGAAGUUGGUGCCGCAGCGUGACAAGGCCCUGCAGGAGGAGCUUCGCAAGCAGCAGUCCCACGACAACCUGAGACGCAACUUUGCUGAACAAGCGAACGUGGUCGGCCCCUGGAUACAAAACAAGAUGGAGGAAAUUGGCACGAUAUCUAUCGAGAUGAUCGGCACCCUGGAGGACCAGCUGACCAACCUGAAGGAGUACGAGCGCAGCAUCGUGGACUACAAGCCCAACAUCGAGCAGCUUGAGGGCGUCCACCAGCACAUCCAGGAGGCCCUCAUCUUUGACAACGUAUACACGGCCUACUCCAUGGAGCACAUCCGUGUGGGCUGGGAGCAGCUGCUCACCACCAUCGCCAGGACCAUCAAUGAGAUCGAGAACCAGAUCCUGACACGUGACGCCAAGGGCAUCAGCCAGGAGGAGCUGUACGAGUACCGCGCCUCCUUCAACCACUUUGACAAGACCAGAGGAGGGGGUGAGAGGGGAGCCAAGCGAGACCACAGCGGGGCCCUGAUGGCUGAGGAGUUCAAGGCCUGUUUGAUCAGUCUGGGCUAUGACGUGGAGAACGACAAGCAGGGUGAUGCGGAGUUUGCGCGCAUCAUGGGCAUCGUGGACCCCAACAACACGGGCACCGUCACCUUCCAGGCCUUCAUCGACUUCAUGUCCCGCGAAACCACCGACACGGACACCGCCGACCAGGUCAUCGCUUCCUUCAAGAUCCUGGCCGCCGAUAAGAACUUCAUCACGGCGGAGGAGCUGAGGAGGGAGCUCCCCCCCGACCAGGCGGAGUACUGCAUCGCCAGAAUGGCCCCCUACACGGGGCCCGACGCCGUCCCCGGGGCCCUCGACUACAUGUCCUUCUCCACCGCCUUGUACGGAGAGAGCGACCUGUAGGGAGGCGGAGGUGGACAGAUGGGGAAUGGGUGGGGGUGGGGGUAGAUGGGGGAGGGGGGAAGAAAGUGAGGCGUCCUCUGCGCGUGCCAGUGUGGAAAAUGUUUGAGCGUGUUGAGUGAAGCCUAGCUAGUCUCGGCCCAGCGUUGUGACUUCCUUUUUGCCGGCAUCCCCGAGGAAACGUGGGUGGGGACAGCUGGGAGUUGCGAGGGCCGCUCUUUAACUUCACCCUCUCUGCCUUUUCUUUGGGGGGGGGGCAGGGUCACAAGCUAAUCUUGAUACUUACCCUAAAAUGUGUUUAUUUUAUUAUAAUUUUGUUCUUCUCGCAGGGGGAGGAGUCAGGUCUGGGGGGCGGGGUCUUACACGUUAACGGCCCAUGUUUGUGUAUUAGAUCCUAGAGUUAUAUGCUGAGGCGGGGGCAUGGAAAACAUAUUUACCCAUAAUUCCCUUCUUGCUGGAUAAGGUGACCAACUUUUUCUUUCCUCUCUUUUUCUUUUUCCUGCAGCGGGUGGAGGGUGGUGUCAGGGUGGGGGCGGAGCUUGUUUUCGGGGGGGGAGUGGUGCUUGACAUUGCCACUGUAAAUAUAUUUUUUCCCCCAGUGCGACGAAUGAUACUUAAAAGUAGAGAAAGUUUGAUUGUGUGCAGUUUCACCAGCGAGGAGCUUUGACUUUUUUUUUUUUAGGAGUCAAAUGACAGGUGACACCCAAUCGUGAGGCAGUAUUCUGAAAAUCCUGCAAGCGCUUAACUUAAUAGAUCCAUUCAAAGGUUGUCGACGUUCACGCUUGUUGCUUUUUGAUUGGCCGAAUGCACUUCCUGGUCUGGGUGGUUGCCAUGGUGACAGCGUUGUCGCGAAAUGAUGGAAGGGAUGAAGAGAACUGCGCUAGUUGGUGUCCUCGGCACCAUCCUCCCUCUUUCUCUCUUGCUCCACUUCCUCCUCAUCCUCAGCUGUCUUCAAAUGAAGGGAACGUACCACAGUGAGAGGUGUGGGGGGCGGCUUUACUUCCCAAAAUGUACAAAUAAAAUCGACAGAAAAGGAAAAUGGCGUUGAGAAAAAAAAUCUAUGCAAUAGAAACGAGAAAUUGAAUCAAACGUCUAAAUUGAUUUUUCCGGGAGGGGGGUGGGGGAGACUGGGGGGGAAGUAAGAUGGAAAAACAAAAAGACUCGGACCAAAAGCUUCUUUCUUUGGUUUUUCUUUCCUGUUUUUUUUCCCUCCGCCAGCUUGGAGAGAAAUGAACUCUGGAAAUUGUGAUUUUUCUUUUUUUGUACUCUUUAAUAAGGAACCUUAUCUGCUGUACUGGAAACUGCAAAGGCCUUCUGUCUAACGAUGAGUGACUUUCACAAAGCACACAUAAAAAGUUUCCUUACAAAAACA